GAGCUUGGACUUAGUUUUUUAGCGCCACUGAAUUUCCUUUACUCUAGUUAUGUAUACUUGCCUUAGUCUUAAAGUCAUUGUUAUGAAUUAAACCGAAUGAAUUAUUGUGAAUGACUACUUUAGUUUAAACGAGUAUUUAAAAAACAAAGAAAUUCCACAAAAAGUAACUAUCUUGGCAAGUUAGGCUUAAGAACUCGUUCACUUUUGCAUAAUCGAUCAACUGAAUCUGUGGUUACCAAAAACCACAUAUCUGUUCGCCCUCAUCUGUUGUUCGAAGCUCCAGUCCAUUUCAAUUUUAAAACCAACAUACAGUCCACUUCCCUCCUUGGAUAUUGGUGACAUUUCUUCCCGCCUAACCGAGCCCCAUCCAUUCAGCAGCGUUAACUCCUCAAGGGAAUGAACAUGGUCCAUUCGAGAAGAGAGAGUUCCAGUCAAAGAAGAUCGCAGCCUCGUGACAAAAGAGAGAGCAGAAGUUCUGUGGAUGAUAUUUCCAGAGUGAUAAGUAAGAAUGAAGAAGAAAUGACAAUGUGAGAAACAUACAAUUAGUGUUUAGAAAUAAUAAGAAGAUAAGCUGAAAUUUAUACGCAUUAAAAUAGAAGACAUUUCGCGAACGGUAUUAAUGAUUUGUGAUAGUGAAUAAUUUGCAACAUAUGCCACAGAAUUUACGCAACAUCACAUUAAGAUCACCCAUAAGAGCGCAAAUUUCUAAGCCUAAUGUGUAUAAAUGCACGUUGUGCAACCGAUUCCAUGCUUUAAAAAUUUGCCCUAAAUUCAUAGCGAUGACCCCGAAAGAACGUAACAUCCUCGUUCUAAAGAAAAUAUAUUGCGUCAACUGUCUAGCAAGAAGUCAUCGAUUUCGGGAUUGUCGAUCGGGAAAUAUGUGCCGGAAAUGUGGAAGACCCCACCAUACACUGCUGCAUCCUAAUUAUGUGAAAGCACCCAAUAUGGAUCACAAGCGACAACCAGUAAGUCCAAAAGGUUCCAAUAGCAACAAUCACCGCAAUAAAUCCGACGUGAGAGAAAACAUUCAUCGACAACGCUGCCAUCGCCGUAAUAUUAAUAUCAAGCCUAACAACAACAACAGCAACAACAAAAUCCAAACCGACGACACAGCUAACACCAAUAGCCCAGCAAAGGCUAAUCAACAGAUUUUAUCUGAAGCUAUUCGAGCUUUAGCCUCAGUGCUAUGUUCUAACACAAAUUGAUCUUCUUCUGGCCCGGCGGCAUGUCCAAACUUCGAGCUUGGACUUAGUUUUUUAGCGCCACUGAAUUUCCUUUACUCUAGUUAUGUAUACUUGCCUUAGUCUUAAAGUCAUUGUUAUGAAUUAAACCGAAUGAAUUAUUGUGAAUGACUACUUUAGUUUAAACGAGUAUUUAAAAAACAAAGAAAUUCCACAAAAAGUAACUAUCUUGGCAAGUUAGGCUUAAGAACUCGUUCACUUUUGCAUAAUCGAUCAACUGGUGAGCAUCUCAACCCUUCUUGAAUAAAUACACCUACAAAUCUAAA